CUGCGCCUCUAUGCAACUUCAAAACGACAUCGUCCUCAGAUAACAUCAAUCACCCUGCUCGAAUACAAGAAUGGCCAUGUAACGACUGAAGAACAAAUUUCUCAUAGUCCUCUUGCGAAAAAUCCUCAGCGUUACGUUUCUCCAUUAGGGUUUGAAGUUGAAAUUGACAUAAAUGUGUCUGAUGGAAAGGUUCGGCUCACCACUAGCAAGGAUAUAAACGAUCGAACUACCUUUACACCACCGCCCCUUAAAAGAUCAGCACCUUCGUUUCCAUUUAAAGAUCAUCAGUUCACCGAAUGGUGCGUUAGAAAACCUCCAAA